AUGAUGCCGCUUCUGCUUUUCACCUUGGGCCGAUUCUUCAUCGACACCUCGAGCGUGGUCAUUCCGUACGGCGCCAUCGCGCUCCAACUACUUCAGGUGGUCAUUCCCGUAAUCGCCGGCCUCCUCUUGUCCCACUUCCGGCCCAAAUGGGCGGCAAUCAUCCGUCGGCUCACCUGUCCUCUGGCGCUGGUCUUUCUCUUGGUCAUCCUCUGCUUUGCCACGUACGUCAAUCUGCCCAUCUAUCGAAUGAUUGGCCAGUAUCCCAUCCUCAUCCCACUCGGCUGUGGUCUGCCCUGGUGUGGCUUCCUCUUUUCCGGUCUGCUGGCUUGGCUCUGCUGCCAGGACUGGCCGCGCAUCCUCACCAUCUCGAUUGAGGCCGGCAUCCAGAACAUUCUCAUCGCAAUGCUCGUGCUCAACUACACCAUGCCGCAACCGGACGGUGACCUCGGCUCCAUCAUGCCCAUCAUGGUUGCCAUCUUCACACCGAUUCCGCUCUACCUGGCUCUUCUCGUCAAAUCGGUGCGUGAACGACGCCUUCCCUGCUGCCGGAAGAAGCAGAUUGACGAGGCCGGCGACGGCCAGAAGCCCGGCCGACUGGUGGCGGUCAAUCAACCGGAACCAGAGGUGACCCCGCCCCACGGUCGGACGCCGCUUGGCAGGCCCACUUGCACAUGUUGA